CUUCCUGCUUCCACUGGCCUUCUCCGGUGCCGUUCGCCAUGAUGCUCGACGGGGAAACGGCCGGCAACGGAACGCCCAAGAAGCGCUCUGCUUUGCCCGGCGCAACGCAGAACUGCCCGGCGUCUUCCACGGGCCAGGCGUCGACGUCUUCGCCUGCUUCGCCGCGGAGUUCCGCGCUCCGAGCGUCGCCCACCGCCGCGUCAGGACCUGUCGACGUUCUUGGCUUCUGCGGCGCCGCCGAGGAACGCGCGACACAAGAAACGCAGUGGAGCGACUUGCUGCAGCUCUGGAGCAGAGACGGCCCUGCAGAAGAGAGAGCGCUCACCCUCCACCACCCCCACGAUGCCAAGAAGGAUUUAGUUUUCUUUCAACUGGACAUCGCCAAUGCAACCUGCCACCGCAACGUUGUUCCCGCGGCGGUUCGCGCGCGACACCGGGCCUUGCCGGUCUCCUCGGCGCCGCCUGCGACCGUCUGCGCCUCCUACGAGCCUGAAGUGUCUCCGACGCCCGCACCCGCGGCGGUGCCGCCCGGCGCUCAGGCGGCGGAGGCGGCGGCGACUGCGAAUUCGCUCGGGCCGAUGUUUCGAGUCUACGGCGUCACAGAAGACGGACGCUCGGUCUGCGCAAAUGUGCAUGGCUUCUUUCCGUACUUCUACUGCCCCGUGCCUGUCUCCAUCCAAGAGAGCCUGGCGACGCAGCCGGGAGGCGGUGUGGGGACAAACGCCGUGACGGCUCGCUUGCGAAGUUUCCUCGAUGCCUGGCUGCUGAAGACCCAGGCGUCUGCAAAGGCCUACGACGUUCGGUGCCUCGACAUUCGCAUGGAGAAGAAAGAGAGCUUGAUGUACUACACACCCGGUCAGACGCCUUCUCUGUUCUUCCGAAUUACGCUCGCGCUGCCGAACUGGGUGGCGCCAACGCGCACCCUGAUUGAGAGAGGCAUUUCAAUCGAGGCCUCGCUGGCCGCUACGCCCUCGUCGGAGGCAGGAGGAGCGAACUGCACAGCCGCGCAAAACGACGCGCCUGCAGCGGAGGCAGCCGACUGGCCAGACGCCGACGGAGAUGCGGCAGCGGGAGAGGAUGCUGCAUCCGAUGCGCAGCUGCUGGAGGCGGCAAAGGCGCUUUCGGAUGUGGGGUCCGGAGCGAAAGUUGCGCUUCCUCCCGCCACCUUCGAGUCCAAUGUUCCCUUCGUCUUGCGGUACCUCGUCGACACGAAGACGACCGGCUGUUCCUGGCUGCUCGGCCGAGGCGGAGCGUACGUCGUCAGACCUGCGAGUCUCCAAGAAACGUCCGCACAACUCGAACUCGACAUCCACUACGCCGACCUCCUGCCUCUCCCACCCGCGGAAAGAUGGCAGAAACUCCCGCCUCUCCGCAUUCUCUCUUUCGACAUCGAGUGCGUGAAGCUGAAAGGCGAGGGAUUCCCAGAGGCAGAGACUGAUCCGGUGAUUCAGAUUUCCUCGAUCGUCAUGCUGCAAAGCGUACCAGCAGAUUUACCGGGACUUUCGGAGACAGACACGAAUGCUGCGACUGCAUGCGUUGCGAAGGCUCGCAAAAAGCGGCUCUCGGGGGGACUCGAGAGACCGUUGUGUCGCGUUCUCUUCGCGCUCAAAGAGUGUGCCUCCAUCGCAGGCUCGGUCGUUCUCUGGUUCGACGAUGAAAAAGAAAUGCUGGCAAAGUGGGCCGAGUUCGUCAGACAGGUUGAUCCCGAUUUCCUCUCAGGAUACAAUUGCGUUAACUUUGACCUAAACUACCUCAUCACCCGCGCAGCAACUUUGAAAGUUGUGGGCUUCAACCGACUCUCGAAACUCAAGUCUCUCGAGAGCAAAAUUCGAGACAGCAGUUUCUCCUCCCGAGCUCUGGGGACGCACGAAGGCAAGGACAUCGCAACCGAAGGCAGAAUCCAGUUCGACCUCCUCGAGCUCGUUCGACGAGACUACAAGCUGAAGAGCUACUCCCUCAACUUUGUCUCCUUCGAGUUCCUCAAAGAACAGAAGGAAGACGUUCACUACAACAUGAUCGGAGACCUGUUUCGAGGUUGCCCUUCCUCGCGCAGACGCAUUGGAGUCUACUGCUUGAAAGACGCGUAUCUGCCUCUUCGAUUGCUGAAAGAGCUGCUGUUUCUGUACAACUACGUCGAGAUGAGCAGAGUCACAGGCACACCACUCAACUUCCUGCUGACCAGAGGCCAACAAAUCAAGGUCACCGCGCAGUUGCUACGCAAAUGCAAGGAACUAAAUUACGUCGUCCCUGUUGUCAAGCGCACCGGCGGAGACAACUCGGUGCAGUACGAAGGCGCGACGGUGCUCGAGCCGCGGAAAGGCUUUUACGACAAGCCUAUCGCGACGCUCGACUUCGCCUCUCUGUAUCCUUCCAUCAUGAUCGCCCACAACAUCUGCUACAGCACUCUGGUCGCCUCUUCUGCGGCACACACAAUGAAUAAUCCAGACGACGUGACAGUGACGACGACGUCUCCCCCGCACAAAUUCGUCAAGAAACAUAUUCGCAGAGGAGUGCUCCCGAUGAUUGUUGAAGAGUUGAUAGCUGCGCGUAAAGCCGCGAGGAAAGAGAUGGCUGCGGCGAAAGACGAAAUGACAAGACAAGUUCUAAACGGCAGGCAACUGGCCCUCAAAAUCAGUGCAAACAGUGUCUACGGAUACACCGGAACGACGACGGGAGGGCAGCUGCCCUGUUUGGAGGUGGCGACGACCAUCACUUGUUUCGGACGAGACAUGAUCGACUUUACUCGCCGCGAAGUUGAGAAGAUGUUUUGCAGAGACAACCAGCAUGCAUGCAACGCGACAGUUAUUUACGGAGACACAGACUCCGUCAUGGUCGACUUUGGAGACUUCAGCAUCGCCGAGGCCAUGAAGCUCGGCGAAGAAGCAGCGCAGGCGCUGAGCGAAAAAUUCGUCAAACCGAUUCGACUCGAAUUCGAGAAGGUCUACUGUCCAUUUCUCCUCAUGAACAAAAAGCGCUACGCGGGGCUGCUGUACACGCGCCCAGAGAAAUACGAUAAAAUCGACUCAAAAGGCAUCGAGACUGUGCGUCGCGACUUCUCGCUUCUCGUCCAGACGAUGGCUGACACAGUCUUGCGGAAGAUGCUGAUCGACAAAGACGUCGAAGCUGCGAAGGAGUACACGCGGAGAAAGGUCGCGGAGCUUCUGCAGAACAAAAUCGACCUCAGUCUCCUCGUGCAGACGAAGAGUCUGGGGAAAAUGGACUACGACACUCGCCUCCCGCAUGUCGAACUCGCGAAGAAGCUGCGCAAGCGCGACGCGGGGACGGCGCCGUCUGUGGGCGACCGAGUUUCCUACGUUGUGAUCCAGGGAGCGAAAGGCCAGGCGCAGUACGAGCGCGCUGAAGAUCCGCUCUACGUUCUCGAAAACAAUCUGCCGAUAGACACGCAGCACUACCUGGAGGGCAUCAAAAAACCGCUCUGCCGAAUCUUCGAGGGCGUGAUGAGCAACCCAGAGAGCUUGUUCUCUGGCAGUCACACGAUGAAGCGCACUGUCAGCAUUUCGACGCAAGGCGCCCUCUCGAAGUUCGUGCAGCGCGGUGUGCAGUGCGUCGGCUGUCGGUCGGUGAUUCGCGAAGGCGCUUUGUGUCGUCGGUGUCAAGAAAACGAAGCUGAAAUCGUGGUGAACAAGAUGGCGGAGAUGGCGGAGAAAGAGAAGGAACACUCCGACCUGUGGACCGAAUGCCAGCGGUGUCAAGGCAGCUUACAUCAGGACGUGAUUUGCAUUAACCGCGAUUGCCCGAUUUUUUAUCGUCGUGCGAAAGUGAAGAAGGACAUUGGCACCUUGGAAGAGCGUCUGUCAAGUCUGUCUCUCUCCAGCGACUGGUGAAGGACGGCGAACGAGAUACGAAUCCUCGGCCUGUCAUGCUGUUCCGGUGUUUCUCUUCUGCUUGUUCGUGCAAAGAAAAGAGAGAGAGAUAAACGAGGCUUGGGCGCCGCGCCCAGGUCCGGCGCCACCCGAUAUGCUGCCUGCAGUUCAGUGAUUUGCAGUUCGAGCCUGCGUCUUGCCGGCUCCAUGUGCCAGCCGCCUCGAGCGUCAAACGCACUCCCGAGACCAGCUGUGUCUGUCUGACGCGCCGCGCAUCACGUCGGCUGCUCGGACUUUAUCUGUCCUUCUCUCUUCUUUCCUUCUUGCCGCGCCGU